AAACGCGCUCACCAAUUCUAAAGCCCUCCGAGCAUCCGUCCGAGAGCUGUUAUAGUUACACUGUACAGUUUAUCACCGCCAUCAACCUCCUGCCUUUCACAUUGCAUUUUAUCACAUUAGCUUCUUAAAGACUUUUUAUGGCGUUUUCUGCGCUUUUAUCCAUACGCACACGCAUGUGGUAGCGGUGGUGUCUUGAUCAUUAUAGGCACUAUAGAAGUGCUACUUAAUUGAGCCGUUGAGGUGUGAUUAAUUUUAGCGAUUUGAUUACACCAUGCCGCUUUUAUCGUUCUCCAUUGACGAUAUACUGGGGAACCGGCACGAGGCUAAACCCCUUCCCCUCACUCCUGGCCAUGGGUUUCCGGUGACGCCGUCGGUUAGCUGUGACGAUGAAAUACUGCGGUCUCGGAGAUCCUGCCGGUGUGUGCACUGCGAAGAUAUGCUACGCGAGGCAGCCGAAUCCAAGCGCAAAGACUACCUCCUCUCUUACCUAAUGUCCAGCCCCAUGCCCACUGACCUUUCCAUGUCCCGGUAUGCAUGCGCACCGGCAGACCCUGUCCCCUUACCACAUGACCUCCAUUCAUCACAGCAGCAGCUGCAACCCAGCCUGGCCGCCAUGUCGGAGUGCUGUGAUACGAAAUCGGACGAUGACAGCCGCGCACAGCUCUACGGGAUGAAACGCCGACGUCUACGGACGGUCUUCACCGAUUCACAGCUUGUCGUGCUGGAAGAUCGGUUCUCCAAGCAAAAAUAUUUAUCCACACCAGACCGACUAAAGAUGGCGAAAACACUGGGCCUUACACAAUUGCAAGUGAAAACAUGGUAUCAAAAUCGCCGGAUGCGCUGGAAACGUUCCUUGCUCAGUAUGGGCAACGCCGAUGAGAUUUCCAGUAGCCUGCGCAAAAGUAAAGGUCGUCCUAAGAAAGACUUUGAUUGUGAAGCGCCGGUUGACGCCAAAUAAUGCGAUGGCUUUGUGAACUCAUAUGAUUGCGAUUUGAAAAUGAUGAAAUUGUCAUUUGUAUUAUACGAAUGUUCUGAAUAAUCUACAGCGCAUUUUAUUUAGAGUGAUACGUAUUCCAAGCAAAGUGUAGACAAUGCGGGGUGCUUUCUGAACUUGCCAGUUAAAGUUUUAAAAAGGACCGUGCAGCAUAGUUAACGGAUCGUACAGCAUAAUAGACCUUAAAAAUUCUCUUGAAGUGCA